CACUUCAUUUCCCAUGAGCAGUAGCGCCAUCAAGCUGUCAUGUGACUACAACUUAACGUCACAUGUCAACAUGGCUGCCGCUGUCUCCAGCGAACAUUUCGACAACUUACAGCUUCUCCUUAAGGCUCCCUCUAAAGAUGCGGUGAGAGACGUUUGUGUUCAGAGUCACAGAAGACCGAGUCGUCGGCUGACAGAGACCACAGCAGCCACACUCAGCAUCCCUGCAGCCCAGGCUGCUCAGCUGGUCCAGUCGCUCCACGUUCUGUCUCAUCACGUCCUCUUCUACAACCUGAGCUCUCCAGAGCAGAUCCUCGCUCUCUUCCCUGAAUCGUUCCACUCCAGUCUGAAGAACCUGAUCACCAAGGUCCUGCUGGAGAACAGUGCGACGUGGAAAACAGAAGCUCUCGGUCAUCAGAUCUCUCUCCCCCAGCUGAAGGACUUGGACUGGAGAGUCGACAUGGUGACCGCCUCGGACUCGGUCAGCCGCAUGUCCGUCCCGACCUGCCUCGUUCAGCUCGAGAUUGACGAUCCGUCAGCAGGCGGCGACUCUGUCUCCGCGGUGACGGUGGAGCUGAGCCGAGAGUCUCUGGACACCAUACUGGACGGACUGGGACGAAUCAGAGACCAGCUGUCUGUGGUCGCUGGGAAAUGAGUGCAGCUGAUUGGCUCGCUUGUUUUGUGACAUCACAGCUCUGUCAGUGGACAUUUUUCUUGCAGACUGUAGCGGCUGUGCUCACGCUCAUCAUCAUGUUUGUCAUUUCAUCGUUAUGCCACAGAAAGUUGAUCUAUUGUUUGUUUUUGUUAUUAACUCUUGUCUCAUUACGUCAACAAGAACUUCAUAUUAAAUAAAUACAAAGGAAAACAUUCA